AUGGCGACCUCCCUCUUCAGUCUCCCAGACGAGCUCGUCUUUACGGCUCUGUCGCAAUCGUUCCAAUGCAGAGAUGCUCAAAUUAGAGCACUAGCUACUUUGUUAUAUCCUAAUGCCGCCGCGUGUCGCAACGUCGUUGUCCAUGGUGCUCAAGCUACGGGCAAGAGUGUCGUCACCGAAGCCCUCCUGGAGCGCAUGGUCGAGGACGGUGCUGAACUGAGCUACGCCGUCGUCAAUUCUGUAGAGUGCAUCACCGGUCGUCACCUCCUUGAAACAACCAUCAACAAAGUUGCCGAGUCUUUGCGCCGUGAAGAUGUUACUCGGCGCUGCGAUAAUCUAUCGCAGUUCACAGUCGAAAUCGCCAGGAUGAUCACAAGCUAUUCACAAGAGAGUCAGAGGCCUGCUUCGUGGAGGUUCGUCCUGGUGUUUGACGCCAUUGACCGCCAGCGAGAUUCUCCCCCGACGCUUCUACCAGCCCUGGCUCGUCUUUCCGAGAUAAUACCCAACCUAACGACUGUCUUCAUAAUGACCUGCCCCCCAGCAGGAACCUUCCGAACCUCUGCCAUACCACAUGUGCACUUCCCAAAUUAUUCCCGUAACGAGUUCAUCGAGAUAAUAUCUGCAACUUCCCCACCACCAAUACCCGGGCUGGCUACGGACGCAGCACUCGACUUGUGGUCUCGAUUUGUCGGCCCCGUGUACGAUUCACUAGGCAAGGCCGCAGCUCGAACUCUCCCCGCGCUGCGGCAAGCAUGCAAUACCCUCUGGCCACGUUUUACAGCUCCGAUACUGGCAGGAACCCACGGGCCACGGGAACUCACCCGAUUGCUCGUCGCAGCCCGAACAUAUCUGCAAGACGAACGCCUCCUUGCGCCGGGUAUCAUCACCGCCCAAGCGCCCACCGCAAAUACAAGCACGGCAGCUACGGACCCUCAGCAGACGACCGACCUGUCCAUACUGCUCCCGACCACCGCACGCCUCCUGCUUGUGGCGGCAUACAUGGCCUCACACAAUGCCACAAAGCACGACCUGGUGCUCUUCUCCACCCACUAUCACGGCCGUCGCCGCCGCCGUGGCGGCCUCUCUGGCGGGACAGGCGGCAGGCCCAACAAGCACCGCAAAAUCGCCCGGCGGCUGCUCGGUGCCCAUGCCUUUGUGUUUGAGCGGAUGCUGUCAAUCUACAUAGCCCUGCGCAAAGAAUGGGAGGCCGACUCGGACAGAGACGCUGGUCGUGCUGUUAGUGGGGCUACGCUGGCCGGCGACGUCGCCAUGGCCGUCGCCACUUUGUCGAGCUUGCGUCUGCUCGUGCGGGUAGGAGGUGGUGGAGAUCCUACUGACCGUAGCGGUAGGUGGAGGGUGAACGUGGGCUGGGAUGUCAUAAGACCACUGGGAAGGAGCAUGGGGGUUGAGGUAGAAGACUGGUUAAUAGAUUAAGGCUUUUUAAAUUAAAUAGAUUGGCUGUGAAUACCUCUUGGUGUCUAUGAG